GCGCUGGCGUGACGCGACGUGACGCGCUGUGAUGCAACGUGAUGUGACGCAAUGUGACGCGACACGACACGACGUAGCGUGACGUAAUGUGACGCGACGCGUGAGCCCCGGUGGCGGCCGUUGGGCGGAAGCGCGGCGGUUUCAUUUCCUGAGGAGGGAGGCGCCGCCGCCGCCAUGUUGGUGCGUGAGGCCUGCGGACAGGCGCUCUCCUCAGAGCCGGCGGCGGCGCAGCGGCCCCUGCAGCUGGGACGCCAGCCCCGCCGCGACGAGAUGCCACGGCACGUCGAGGCGGCCCACUCGGAGCGCCCUCCCCGCCCCGAGCUGGCUGAGGGGCUGCCCCGGUGCCCCCUGUGCGGGGAGGCAGCGGGGCAGGAGCUGGAGGCGCACGUCUGGGCGCGGCACGGGCAGCUCCUGGGCGCCCCGGGCGGAGAUAUAGGAAAUGAUGAACAGCUGUAUGAAUGUCCAAUGUGCAGUCUUACCUGUACAAACAUUCAGAUUCUUGAAGAACAUGUGGAUUUACACUUAGAGGAACACAGCUUUUCAGAAGUCCUCUCUCUUUGGAAUGUUGCUGCUUGGCUAGGUGGAAACGUAAGAGAUCUAGAACUGGCUCAAUGGCUCCAGACUGAAGAAGACAAACGGCAGAGAUCAGAAGAGGAGAAGCGAGAGAGGGAAGAAUUUAAAAAGCUGCAGAGGCAGUAUGGCUUGGAUAAUUCUGGAGGCUACAAGCAGCAAUUCCUGAAGAACAUGGAAAGGGAAGUUGAUAGGGGAAAGAUGCAGCCUUUUGAAUAUCACAAGAGAAAAGCUGACAUGAUGGAGUGUUUGGCUUUUGGUAUAGAUGAUGGGAAAACAAAGACCUCAGGUAAAAAUGGAAUCAUUGAAGCAUUGUGCAAGUACUAUCAGAAUGAAAACAAAGACGUGAGGCACGUGUGGCUUUCAGCAGGAGUAGAUCACUUCCACUCGUCUCUGGGAGACAGAGGCUGGGGUUGUGGCUACAGGAAUUUCCAGAUGCUCCUUUCCUCACUGUUGCAAAACAGCUUGUAUAAUGACUGCUUGAGAGAUACUACGUCGAUUCCUAGUAUACCAAAGAUUCAGUCCAUGAUUGAAGAUGCCUGGAGAGAAGGCUUUGAUCCUCAUGGGGCAUCUCACUUCAACAACAGAUUACAUGGUUCCAAAGCAUGGAUAGGAGCAUGUGAAAUUUAUUCACUGUUAACCAAUCUCAGGAUAAAGUGUCAAAUCAUUGACUUUCACAAACCAACUGGCCCUACGGGUACACACCCUCGUUUAUUUGAGUGGAUUUUGCGUUAUUAUUCUUCAGAUAGUGAAGGUGGUGGAAAGGUGGCAUGUACUUCCAAACCCCCUAUCUACUUGCAACAUCAAGGUCAUAGUCGUACCAUUGUUGGGAUAGAAGAGAAGAAGAACAGAACCUUAUGUUUGCUGCUGUUUGAUCCAGGAUGUCCUUCCCAAGAAAUGCAGAAAUUGCUAAAACAAAACAACGAUGGUACAAGUCUCAAACUACUUCGGAAAUUUGUGGGUAGCUUAAAAGAAAAGCAAUACCAGAUAGUGGCUGUAGAUGGUGUGCUCUCAUUGGAAGAGAAAAUUGCUCGCUGCCAUGCUUCUCAGGUCUUAACAUCAGAGAAGAUUCCAUAAAGGAUGCCUUUAUUACCUCGUUUUGGAGUUUGCUGGAUGCAAAACAUGAAACUUCUGGACUGUGACCCUAACUCAACAAUUUCUAGACAUAAACUAUGCCUCCAUAAAUGCUUGGGGGCUGUGGAGAAGCACAACAUUGGAGUAAACCUGUAGUUCUGAUCUAUCAAAACUGCCCUCCUAAUGAGUCUGUAACUGGAAUAUUACAGUUCUUGUCUUAAUAGAAAAUAUGGUAUUUUCUUAGUUGCUUAAAUUACUAAGCAAAACUUACCAUCCCGUAGCAAACUAUGCACCAUGGUUAAUUGUCAAUAAGCAGUGGGUAAAGAUACUAUAGAACUACUUUAUUGGAGUGCCUGGUCGUGGUUUACCUCUGUAAAUAUAUUUAUGCUGCCUCUGUGGCCAGUGCUCUUACUGAAUUUGAUCAAGAGGUAUCGAUUAUGCCUCAGCAAAUUCUGCAACUAUUUACACAGUACAGAGGCAGUGUGGUGAUUCCAUGAUACAGGCUGUUCUACCAGGGACUAGUUUACUCCUGAACUUCUUUCCAAUAAGCCAGCUGCUCUGGCUGCGUCCCUGUAAACACCAACGUGUGCUUAGGAGAUGGGUCAGUGUUAGCAUUGGCUGUGGGGUCCAAAGUGGGGUGCGUGUGCUUUAGGGGCUGCACAAGACAGUCCAUUGUGAGCAGGAAGAAAACAUUUCUUUUGUAUCAUGAAUAAAUAAAAGAAUUAUUUUUAAGAA